AUGGCCUCCAGCCCCCCGCCUCCCUCCACGCCUCCCUGCGCCAUUGCACCCGGUCCUCGCCCCGCAGCGACCCAUAACAGGCCCGCUAACCCCCGCUCCGCCAAGGAUCUCACCAUGUCCCAGAGCCGCGUCAAACGCCUCUCGAGUGCAGUCGAGAAGACCGUCGAUAGACUCAGCCGGAGCGUCAGCGGAAGCUCCACCUCGCCCACACCAUCUUCCGUUCCGUCACCCCGACGUGUCUUCAGCAUCACUAGAAAGUCCCGAACGUCCCAACUCGCCUCAGAUCCAGAAGUCUCCCCGUCAAUUUCCGACUCUACCCUUACUGCAACGCAGUCCCCGCAGCCAUCAGCAGUAAAUUCACCGAAUGAAGACUCUCCUUUUAUACGACCACCAUCUCCUCCGAUACGUCCGUCUCUUUUGGCCUCUUUUCGAGGUGAUGGAUCGAUGCGGGCCGGAACGCAAACCCUCAUUCAAGCGCUUCAGGCCCUCCCGUGGAUGAACAGCGACAAUGAUGAGGACGGUGGACCCGAACCCAGUACAGAAUCUGAGAGUGACGAAGAUGAGAAACCACAAGCUACUCGGCUCUCUUCCUCUAUCCACACAAUUCACCGUCCUUUGGCGAGAUCCCACCGCGCCCCUGUUCCUAUCCCAUCUAAAUCGUCUCUCAGAGAAGAUUCUAUGGAAGAAGACAUCUUAGAAGACAUUACAUCUGAAGACGACAAUGAGAACGACUUCGAAGAGACGCCCAGGAUUCCCGACUCCGUACCCACCCAUCUACACCCUACUCAAGAUUCCGAAGCAGUGGCACGACUCAAGCCAUUCGAGGCCAUGCGAGAACGGGCGGGAAGUCUAGCUACUAUUCGUCUGCAUAGACGGACGCGUCUUGCACAGAAGCUGAAGGAGGUGUACGACCUAGAGGAUAUCCAGGAGGUUUGGGCAGAAAUGCCCUGUUGGCUCCUGCGUUCAGUCCUAUUACAGGGAUAUAUGUAUCUGACUAAUUCGUACUUAUGUUUUUUCGCCCAUAUGCCCUCCCGAGAGGAUCAAGUACUGAAGUCCGGUUCGUUGAACAAGAAGGCUCAGCGCACCAAACGUUGGAUCAAGCACUGGUUUGUGCUGAAGAAUGACGCUCUGUCGUGGUAUCAGUCAUCCUCAGACCCCUAUUUCCCUCAUGGCAUCGUGGAUCUGCGUUACGCUAUAUCCUGCGAUCCGUCUGGAGAGAAAGGUUUCCGAUUACGCACUAACACGAAGACUGUCGUCCUUUCGGCGGAUUCUGUCCCCAGCCGGGAGGAAUGGGUCAAAGCAAUUCGUAAAGUCAUCUUCAAGGCCCAAAAUAUGGGCGAUAGCGUAAAGAUAGCCAUCCCGUAUUCUGCUAUUGUCGACGUUGAGCGCUCGAGUGCUAUGGACUUCACAGAGACAAUCGAAAUCAAAGUCGUUGACAAGGAGGAUAACUUCACAGUUGAUUCGUAUUUCUUCGCCUACUUCCAUGAUCUUGCCGGUGCGUUGGACCAAAUCCGUGACGCCGUUCGCAGUCAUCGUAGCCAGCCGAAGCCCUUUGAAAGCGGCGCUCCUGCAAUUGUGGUGGACACCACCGUGGCUCGUCCGGGGACCGAUCGCCUUGCAAGCGCUGUGACGGAACCAAGCUCUCCGAAAGCAGUUUCUGGUUUUAGAUUACCGUCCAUCUUCCGACCGUUCUCAGAUUCUGCUUCAACAACCAGCCGUUCCAGUGCACCAACAGUUUCCGAAUUAAAUUCUGACGAUUACACACACGUUUCACGGAAACCGGGCUCGUCGUCUUUCAUACCUAUUACGUCGUCACCCCAGUCAAUGUCACCUGGACUCACUCCCACAAACGAAGCAAGCGAUCCCUCCUUGAGGCAAUCGUCAACGUCGUUGCCACCCCCUGAACACACGUACCCCCCGUCCACUUCCAGUUCAUUCAUGUAUCCUAAUAAUUCUUCAUUAAGCAGAGACACUAGUUCCUGGGUGGUCGGCGUUCCCUCCUGGCUUAAAGGCUCGCGAAGAGUAUUCGGCGGAUCCACGGCAACAGCAGACACAACCACAACAUUUACAACAACGCCUGUCAAGGAGGUGUAUUCUCCUGCAUUGUCUUCACCCGGCCCUCAGAGCCGCUUAAGUGGUGGGGAUUUGGCGUUCAGCGUACUCGAAACACCAGACAUGGUGCCCGAUCAAGAGACGACGAAAUUCCGGGCUGCUUUUGCAUAUGAUGAGAAGGAGACGUUGCUUGGAUAUUUCCCGGGUUAUAUCUAUAGACUCCUGCCCGUAUAUGGCAAACUGUAUAUUUCUACGAACCAUUUUUGUUUUAAGUCCAGCGGACCCUUGGCUGUUCGAACAAGGAUGACCCUACCAAUCCGUGAUAUUCUGGCUUCAGAAAAGUCGAAGGCUUCUCGUUUCGGCCACUAUGGUUUGAUCAUCAUUAUCAAAGGCCAUGAAGAGCUCUUCUUCGAGUUCAACAGCGAAGAUAAACGAGAGGCAUUUGUUCAUCUCUUGGAUAGCCAGAUGGAGGAUGUGCGCAGACGGUUGGCCGCUGGCGAUAGUGUCAUCCCUUCGAGUGGAAAGCGAGAGGCAUUGAUAUUGGAGGAAUUUGAGACCACUGCGUCGCUGGGUGGCGACUCAGACAACCCAGCACUCCCGACUGAUGGCAUGGCGGAUUCGGUACCAGCUGUCAUGUUCACUUCUGCAUCGUCGACAUUUUUGACGUUCAAGCCGAGGAAGUCGCUCCACUUCACGUUUUUGACAAUCGGAUCGCGUGGAGAUGUGCAACCGUAUAUAGCGUUGGCGAAGGGUCUCAUGGCGGACGGUCACAGGUGCAAGAUUGCGACCCAUGGCGAGUUCCAAGAAUGGAUCGAAUCUCAUGGAAUCGAAUUUGGAUACGUUGGCGGUGAUCCGGCGGAGCUCAUGCGUAUAUGCAUCGAGAAUGGAACAUUCACUGUUUCUUUUCUCAAGGAAGGAUUAACGAAGUUCCGCGGCUGGUUGGACGACCUCCUGAAGACGUCAUGGGAAGCAUGCCAGGGUACUGAUGUUCUCGUCGAGAGCCCAAGCGCCAUGGGAGGUUAUCAUAUAGCCGAGGCAUUGGCUAUUCCCUACUUCCGGGCAUUCACGAUGACCUGGACAAGAACAAGAGCAUAUCCUCAUGCCUUUGCCGUUCCUGACCGCAAGAUGGGCGGAAGCUACAACUAUAUGUCGUACGUCAUGUUCGAUCAGGUCUUCUGGAGAGCAACUGCUGGGCAGAUUAAUCGAUGGCGACGCAACAUCCUACGCCUUGGUCCCACCAGUUUGGACAAGAUGGAACCACACAAGAUUCCGUUCCUAUAUAACUUUAGUCCACAUGUGGUACCUCCACCUCUUGACUGGCCAGAAUGGAUUCGAGUAACAGGAUACUGGACCCUCGAAGAUGCUGAUGUCAGCGCCAAGAAGUGGACGCCUCCGUCAUCUCUCGUUCAAUUUGUGGACAAUGCACACAGUACCGGCCACAAGGUGGUUUACAUCGGCUUUGGAAGCAUCGUGGUGUCAGACCCCAAAGCAAUGACGCAUUGUGUCGUGGAGGCUGUCCUUCGCAGCGGCGUCCAUGCCAUCUUGUCCAAAGGAUGGUCAGAUAGACUUCAGAUCAAGUCUGGAGACGCUUCAGAACCAGAAGAGCCGUUACCACCUCAAAUAUACCCGAUCACAUCAGUACCCCACGACUGGCUGUUCCGUCGCAUUGAUGCUGCUUGCCACCAUGGUGGGGCUGGCACAACAGGUGCUAGUUUGAGAGCUGGCAUUCCUACUAUCAUUCACCCUUUCUUUGGCGAUCAAUUCUUCUGGGCCGAUCGCGUCGAAGCUUUAGGCGUCGGCACUGGUGUCAGGAAACUGACAGUGUCAGCUCUAUCUGAUGCAUUGUUGUCAGCUACCAACGACCCAAAGCAGAUCGCUCGAGCCAAGAUCAUUGGGGAGCAAAUUCGAGCAGAGGAUGGUGUCACUACUGCCAUAGAGUCAAUCUACCGAGAUAUGGAUUAUGCUCGCUCGUUGAUCAAGCAACCGGUACCAGAGGUUGACGGUCAAGAUGAUGUCAUGCGGGAAGAUUCCACGAUUCGAAAGCAUGAGAACGUCUCCCCUGGCUCCUUCUCCAGUACAUAUUCAGACCGCGGUGCCCCCAGCGAGGACUGGAGUGUCAUCUCAGACCAAGAGGAUAGGCGUUCUUCUGUUGGGUCUCGUUCAAGCGAGAGUCGAUUCCCUUACUCCAGGGUCGCCACAGAGGCGUCAAGUACUGUAACUGCAGCUAUAGAACAACACUAUGUUAAUCUUAGACCCUUGUAG